CCUUUACAAUAUUUUUUAAACUUUAACUGCAGUUGAAGCUAUUCAUCUCUGCAACUCUGAUUUCCUAUUUUCUUUUUGCAUUUUUUUAUUUUAUUUAUUUACCCUUCUGCUUUUUUUUGCUCUCAAAUCUUCCCCCAAUCUUUGAUUUUGCUUGAUUUUGGUUACUGGACUUGUUUUGACUUAUUCGAAUUGUCAUAUCGGAGGUGAUACUCUGGGAAUGGACAAAGGUGAAGCAUUUGUGUGAUGAAAAGACGUACAAAUGGUAAUGCAGGUUCCGUUAGACUGUGAGCCUUGCCUUGCUCCUGAUAAUCUCGGAAACAAGGAUGGGGAUUCUAGUGUGCCCUCGUCUCCACAAGAACAUGUUGAUCCAAAGAGGCCUGCGAAAAAACAAACAAGGCAAUGGAAUGAUUCUGAGCCUUGCCUUGCUCCUGAUAAUCUCGGAAACAAGGAUGGGGAUUCUAGUGUGCCAUCAUCCCCGCAAGAAAAUACUGAUCCAAAGAGGCCUGUGAAAAAACAAACAAGGCAAUGGGCUGCUUGGACUCGUCAGGAGGAAGAGAGCUUUUUUGCCGCUUUACGGCAAUAUGGCAAGAAUUUCGAGAAAAUUACAUCGCGAGUCCAGAGCAAAAACAAGGAUCAGGUUAGGUAUUAUUACUAUAGGCUUGUAAGGCGAAUGAACAAGUUGCUAGGCCCAGAACUUUGUCUUGAUGCAAAAAACUCAAAAGAUACCAAUGGUGCAAUGCUUCGAUGGUGGUCAUUAUUGGAAAAAUACAGCUGUAAAGCAUCCAAGCUUCAUUUAAAACCUCGAAGAUUCAAGAUAUUUGUAGAGGCUCUGGAGAACCAACUCUUGAAAGACCGGAAAAAGAAUAUUAAAAGACGACUUUCUACUGGAGGAAUGAAUUCGCCUGUUGCUGACAUCCCUGCCUCAAAUCAGGUCAGAGCGCCAGGCCAUGACAACCGUGCAGUGAAAAUGGUUCUUGUUGAAAAAGUAGGAACUGGGAAAGGAGCUUUGUUCAAGCGCCAUGUCAAUACAGGAAUUAGCCGUACAAACUGCAAAGUAGACACAGCUUCUGUCAAGACAACGAAACAUAAGCGAAAAACAGGCCUCGCAUCAGCAGCUGCAUGUAAAAAAUGGGAGAAAGCUGCCAUUGCUGGCGUUUCAUUGGUUGCUGAUGCUGCUGAACAUUUAGAACGAGCGGAAACUGAUAAAGAGAUGGAAAAAUCUCAGGAGCCACAAUCAGGUCAUGAUGGUUCUGAACUUGGUGCACCGUCUUUACAAGUUCCUUCUCAAAACAUGUUCAACGAUAAUAAUAUUCACAACUCCACAAAACUCAAACUCCAGUUGUUUCCGAUCGAUGAAUGUACUCAAAAAGCCUUGGAAAUGGAUCAUCGUAAUCCCCAUUUGGAACUAACUUUGAGCACACGAAAGAAGAUAUCAUCUGUUUUAGAACAUCUCAAUCGGAAAUGGGGUAACUCAAAAUUAUUAUGUGAAGAUUUGAUGCUUUUCCCUUACUGGGCACAGAGGGAAAACCUAUUAGAGUAUCAGAAGUGGACUAAGGACUCCACACUUUGUGCAGCAGAUGUGUAUUACCUAAUCGGAAGCCCUCCGAUUUUCCGCCUCAGAUACGGCUGGUUUUCAAAAUCUGAGCUUGAAUCUGCGACUGCUCAACCUUUGUCGUGUACCAAUAUCAAAGAGAAGAAUUCGAACAUUAACAUUGAGAACCCAAGCGGGCCCCGUAACAAUCACCAAGCUGUCUCUGCAGAACAAAUUAUCACUCUGAAUUCUUCAUCUGUUCAGUCUGGUGUUUCUGUUUCUAACAUCAAUAAUUCAAGAUAUCGUGAUAGCACUGCAGUUUUGUCGUCAAUUGGAGAAGCUAGUGAAGAUUUAGCACCUGAAAAUACGGAUAUGGCAUUUUCAGCUGGGGAGUGGGCCGAUACCCUCACCAAUGUAAGUAUGGGAGAUCUUCUCUCUGAUUCGCACAACAACGCGGAUGCCAACUGCACAGACUUUUCUCUCCCUCUUAGUUCGAACUGUCUUCAGCAGAUGCCGUUUACUUGCGACUCUUUCGAUGCUGCAAUUGCCGCUCACAUAUACAAACAUAACAAAGCCGACUCACAGCAGAUUCUUGCUUCUCAUGCACCCUCCAUAUGGGAUGCUGAAGUAACCUGCGAUGCCUUUGCUUUCCAGAAAAACGGUGCUUUCUGUGGUGAAGACAAGAAUGCAUGCAUGAAUUCGAGUCCAUCUUCUGACAAGGAAGUUGAGGAGUUGCUUGAUGUGGAUAAAUUUGCAUAUAGCGAUCUUAAUUGUGAAGACAUUGUGGAUGACUGUAGAUCCGAUCAUCUAUUAGAGAAUCCCACAAAGGAUUUUGGUGGGCUCACUGAUAUUUACUGGCCUAACUCUUUAGGAGCUUUAGAUUUGGAUAUACCAUCAUCGUGUAGAUACAAUAGCAGCGAUCUGAUUCUUAACGAUAAUAGCCUUGGUGGUUUGAAUCGUUUGAUAGCAAACAGUUUGGAUGCAUUUCAGAGCUGUUCGUUCUUUGGCUUGGACAAGAACGAACCUCCAUUAACAGCUGAGGCCCCACCCCAAACUGCUUCCAUCUCGAUAUCCGAUUUCAAAAUCGGGAGUUAAGUUUAAAAAUGACAGGGCUUGGAUAUAUAGUUAGGGUUAUGUACCAGUCACAAGAACCACAAAAUUUGCAGAACUUUCAUGUGGCAUGCAUGCAUAAUCCUCUUAUGUUAUUAUUACCGGUUUUUUUUUUUUUUUUUUUUUUUUUUUUUUUUUAAAAUAAUUUUGUACUGUACAAAGUUUCGGAAUUGGGAAGUUAUCGUACAGAUUUGAAAUCGGCUUCUAGCGCAUAUUAUGUAUUGAUGUAUAUUUUCUUUGAACAUGCGAAGAAGCUAUAAAAACAUUUCGAUUCGAAAUACAAUAAAUAAGUUGGACGUGAUAUUAUUCUGGAAC